UAAGGACACUUGGUGGUGAAGAGUUCAUGCAGUGCCGAUAUUGACUCUGUACGGAUACACAUCAGUUCUAAUUUUUUAUUACAACGGUUGGAAGGAUGUCGUACGGAAGUGCACAAACUGGGAAGAAUUAUGGAGCACAUGUCGUUACUGUCGAUUUUCGCAGUGACACUGUGACAAAGCCAUGUGCCGUUAUGAGAAAGGCCAUGCACGAUGCGGAAGUUGGUGACGACGUAUAUCAUGAAGAUCCAACAACAAAAAGGCUCGAGCAAUAUGUUGCGGAUUUAAUGGGGAUGGAAGCCGGAUUAUUCGUGUCAAGUGGAACGAUGGGAAACUUAUUAUCGACAAUGGUUCACUGUAACACUCGUGGGUGUGAGAUGUACCUCGGUCAGGACGCCCACAUGGUUCACCACGAGCAGGGUUCGGCCGCGCAAAUAGCAAACGUCACAAUUUGCCCCAUCCCCAACAACCCCGACGGUACAUACGACUUGAGGCAGGUGAGACUGAGGCUCAAGGACUCCGCAAACGUUCACAGUUCAAUUUCCCGGAUGAUGGCAAUAGAGAAUACGCACAAUGGAAAAAUUCUCCCGAUCAAAUGGAUCAAGGAGGCAGUGGCCUUUGGCAAAAAACACGGAUUGAAACUUCACAUGGAUGGCGCGAGAAUCUGGUAUGCCUCGAUAAUCGGCGGUACUCCCAUCAAAGAUAUUGUUGAGGGCUUCGAUUCGGUGACUUUCUGCCUGAGUAAAUUGGGAGCACCAGUGGGAUCAAUGCUCUGUGGCUCCAGGGAUUUUAUCACCCAGGCGAGAAGAACCAGAAAAGUUCUUGGUGGUGGAAUGCGUCAGAUUGGAGUACUAACCGCUUGUGCCCUAGUGGCCCUCGAGAAUCUUCCGAAAAUUGCAAAGGAACAGGAAAAAGUAGCGGCAAUGAUGAAGACAGUCAACGACCUUGACUCUGAUAUUUUCAAAAUUCACCCAAUUGAUGCACAGACCAACAUGGCUUGGAUCAGUGUUGAGGAGACCGAUGAGGUGACAGCGCCAAAAUUCGCUAAACGACUUGGAGAGAUUGAAGAUGAGCAUGAGGAUGAUCAGAUCAGGGUGCUGGCAUGGGCUGUGCGCCCCAGAAUGGUCAGGUUUGUUUAUCAUCUGGAUGUUACUGAGGAGGGUGCUAGGGCUGCCCAGAGAAAGGUCCAAUAUGUGAUAAAGCAAAUGGAUCCUAAAUUCAACAAGACAUUGAAUUUCAUUGUAGAGAACAAGGAGAAUAAGGACAACAUUAUAGCUUGUGAACUGGAGAAAAAAUUGUACAUUAAACAAGUAUAAUUAUACUGUUUACUGCUUUGCUAGAUCAUUUAAAUUAUUUCCGGAAAUUGAUCGUCAGGCGAGAGGAGCGAAAUGUCAAAGGUGAGAUGCGGCUGAAAGGAAAAUUAGCGUUCUUCGAACUUGCGACCCUGAUGGCCUCGAAAAUCUGUUAAAAUCGUCGAAGAACAGAAGAAGGCAACGAUGAAGUCAAAGGUGAACGAUCUUCGCUCUGAUAUAUUUAAAAUAUAUAGUACUGAAACACAGAUCAGAAUAGCUUGAAUCAACAUUGAGGAAAUUCAUAAGAGCACUGCACGAAAAUUCCUUAAACAGCGUCGAGAUAUUCAGAAUGAUCAGACAAGGAUUUUAACAUGAGCUGUGCAUCCCAAAAUUGUUUGGCUUAUUUACCACGUUCGCAUUACUAACGAGGGUGCUAACCCUAGCGCUGCUCAAAGCAUCAUCGAAUCCGUCCCAAAGGAAAUUGAUCCGAAAUUCAACAAGACACUGAAUUUCACAGUCGACAAUAAGGAAAACAAAAUAGCUCAUGAACUCGAAAAAAACUGUACAUUUAGCAAGUAUAAUUAUGCUGAUUACAACUGUCAAGUGAUAUCAUCCCAUCAAUCUAUGUUAUUGUAAAUGUAUUCAAACUGUAUUAUACGUGAAAAAUGACUCAUUCAACUUAAGAAUAAAAAAUCAUCAACAGAUUAA